UGAUCAUGCCGCUUUAUGAGUUCUUAGUGAUACUGGUGUUAAUAAUAAUUUUUCUACAACGAAAAUGUUGGCGCCUUGUAUGGCAAGUAAACGGAUGGCGUGGCAUUAUUCAGCAACCCAUAUUAUGGAUACUAUUGGCUUGCAACAUUGAUCCAAAAAAUAUUAUGUCAAGCAUUCAUCGUUAUGGUCAAUUUAUGAAACUGCCAUUGGCUAUUGUACUGUUCGAUCGAACUCUUUUAUAUAUGAACGAUCCAGUGUCUAUAGAAGGCGUGCUAACAUCACCGGAAUGUCUCAACAAAUCAUUUCUGCACAAUGGAUUUUAUGCUAAUAAGGGUAUUUUACAUGCAAAAGAUGACAAAUGGAAAAUCCGACGCAAACAAUUGAAUCCUGCAUUCAGUCAUAAUAUACUCAUAAAUUUUUUCAAUGAUUUCAAUCGAGUCGGAAACGAGUUGAAUAUCAAAUUGAAAUUGGAACUGAAGCAAAAUAAAAUAUCAUUUGAUCAAUUGGCGGAUUUGGUUAAUCGUGCGGUUCUAGAAGCAUCAUGUUUAACCAUAAUGGGUGUAUCAACACGAUUUACACAGAACGAUGACAAAUGUGUUGCUGCAGCAUAUCGUUAUUUAAUGGAUCUAACAGCUUUGAAAAUGUUAAAACCCUGGUAUCAAAUUGAUUGGAUAUUUAAAUUUUUAGACAAAGAAAAAUAUGAGACUACCCACAAAACAGGAAAAUUGGUAGAUGAAUUUGCUACUAUGAUUGUCCGGGAAAAAUAUUCCGAGUGGCAAAAUAAACGACAAAGAAAUCCAGAAUCUAAUGAUGUGGCAGAAAAUAAUUCGGACAAACAUAUUUUCAUUGAACAAUUGUUUCAUUUGACCGAUCAGAACCAACUAAGCUAUCAAGAGAUGAUGGAUGAAGCCCAGUCCAUGGUAGUGGUGUCUUUUGAAACGGCAUCAACCUGCAUCAUAAAUGCACUCUUACUUCUGGCCAUGCAUCCCGAAUACCAAGCAAUAUUACGUCAGGAAAUUCAUGAAGUUUUAUCCAUGGAUAUAACUCCAUUAACUACUAAUAUCUCAUCGAAUGGCGUACAGACUACCAUAACAAUGGCCCAUCUGCAAGCAAUGCCAUAUUUGGAUAUGAUUUUAAAAGAAUCCCUACGUCUAUUAACUACUGUCCCGAUUAUUUUACGAAAUGUCAGUUGUGAUUUUGAUUUAAAGAUUAAAAAUGCUCAAAACAAUGGCGACUAUACGAAAAUCGUAAAGGUGCCGAAAAACACAAUUAUAGCUGCCGAUAUAUUCGAAAUGCAACGCAGCACUGACGUUUGGGGCCCGAAGGCUCGUGAAUUUUAUCCGGAACAUUUUGCGAAAAAUACAAAUGGUGAAAGUGGAACAAAACGUCAUCCUUAUGCAUAUAUACCAUUUUUGAAAGGCAUACGAACCUGCAUAGGUAAUCGUUACAGUAUCUACUUAUCAAAAAUUAUUCUCAUCAAAUUAAUCGGAUCCCUUAAUCUGCAUACCAAUACAAAGCUUCAGCAAUUGGAAUUCUGCGAAGGUGUAUCAUUAAAGUAUCGUAAUUCUGCGAAUAUAUCGUUCGAAAUUAUUUCAAUGGCGGAUGAUGACUAA